AUGGACGUAGAGGACGUGGUCGUGGACGUGGACGUGGACGUGGACGUGGUCGUGGUCGUGGACGUGGUCGUAGACGUGGACGUGGUCGUCCACAACGUGGACGUGGACGUGGACGUGGACAUGGACGUGGUCGUGGACGUGGAGGACUUGGACGUGGACGUGGAGGUGGACGUGGACCUGGACGUGGAUGUGGACGUGGACGUGGUCGUGGACGUGGACGUGGUCGUGGAGGACGUGGACGUGGACAUGGACGUGGACAUGGACGUGGACGUGGUCGUGGACGUGGACGUGGACGUGGUCGUGGACGUGGACGUGGACGUGGUCGUGGACGUGGACGUGGACGUGGACGUGGACGUGGACUUGGACGUGGACGUGGACGUGGACGUGGACGUGGUCGUGGACGUGGAGGACUUGGACGUGGACAUGGACGUGGACGUGGACGUGGACGUGGACGUGGACCUGGAGGUGGUCGUGGACGUGGACGUGGUCGUGGACGUAGAUGUGGACCUGGACGUGGACGUGGACGUGGACCUAGACGUGAACGUGGACGUGGACCUGGACUUGGACGUGGACGUGGAUGUGGACGUGGUCGUGGUCAUGGUCGUGGACGUGGUCGUGGACGUGGUCGUGGACGUGGACGUGGACGUGGACGUCGUCGUGGACGUGGACGUGGUCGUGGACGUGGACGUGGACGUGGACGUGGUUGUGGACGUGGACGUGGUUGUGGACGUGGACGUGGACGCGGACGUGGAGGACGUGGACGUGGAGGACGUGGACGUGGACGUGGAGGACGUGGACGUGGACGUGGACGUAGACGUCGACGUGGACGUGGUCGUGGACAUGGAGGACUUGGACGUGGACGUGGACGUGGACGUGGACGUGGAGGAUGUGGACGUGGAGGACGUGGACGUGGACGUGGAGGACGUGGACGUGGACGUGGACGUGGACGUAGACGUGGACGUGCUCGUGGACAUGGAGGACUUGGACGUGGACGUGGACGUGGAUGUGUUCGUGGUCGUGGACGUGGACGUGGACGUGGACGUGGAAGACGUGGACGUGGACGUGGACGUGGUCGUGGACGUGGACGUGGUCGUGGACGUGGACGUGGACUUGGACGUGGACGUGGACGUGGACGUGGACGUGGAGGACGUGGACGUGGACCUGGAGGUGGACGUGGACGUGGACCUGGACGUGGACGUCGACGUGGACCUGGACGUGGACGUGGACGUGGACCUGGACGUGGACGUGGAUGUGGACGUGGUCGUGGAGUGGACGUGGUCAGUGGACGUGGUCGUGGACGUGGACGUUGACGUAGUCGUGGUCGUGGACGUGGACGUGGUCGUGGUCUUGGACGUGGACGUGGUCGUGGACGUGGACGUGGACGUGGACGUGGACGUGGACAUCGUCGUGAACGUGGAGGACUUGGACGUGUACGUGGACGUGGUCGUGGACGUGGACGCGGACCUGGACGUGGACGUGGUCGUGGACGUGGUCGUGGUCGUGGACGUGGAGGACGUGGUCGUGGACGUGGACGUGGACGUGGUCGUGGUCGUGGACGUGGUCGUAGACGUGGACGUGGUCGUCCACGACGUGGACGUGGACGUGGACGUGGACAUGGACGUGGUCGUGGACGUGGAGGACUUGGACGUGGACGUGGAUGUGGACGUGGACCUGGACGUGGACGUGGACGUGGUCGUGGACGUGGUCGUGGACGUGGAUGUGGACGUGGACGUGGACUUGGACGUGGACGUGGACGUGGACGUGGUCGUGGACGUGGACGUGGACGUGGACAUGGACGUGGACGUGGACGUGGACGUGGACGUGGACUUGGAGGUGGUCGUGGACGUGGACGUGGUCGUGGACGUGGACCUGGACGUGGACGUGGACGUGGACGUGGACGUGGACGUGGACGUGGACAUGGACUUGGAUGUCGUGGACUUGGACGUGGACGUGGACGUGUUCGUGGACGUGGACGUGGACGUGGACGUCGUCGUGGACGUGGACGUCGUCGUGGACGUGGUCGUGGACCUGGUCGUGGACGUGGACGUGGAGGACGUGGACGUGGAGGACGUGGACGUGGACGUGGAGGACGUGGACGUAGACGUGGACGUGGAUGUAGACGUCGACGUGGACGUGGUCGUGGACAUGGAGGACUUGGACGUGGACGUGGACGUGGAAGUGGAGGACGUGGAUGUGGAGGAGGUGGACGUGGACGUGGAGGACCUGGACGUGGACAUGGACGUAGACGUGCACGUGGACGUGGUCGUGGACAUGGAGGACUUUGACGUGGAAGUGGACGUGGACGUAGACGUGGUCGUGGACGUGGACGUGGACAUGGAGGACGUGGUCGUGGUCGUGGACGUGGACGUGGACGUGGACGUGGACGUGGUCGUGGACGUGGAGGACUUGGACGUGGACAUGGACGUGGACGUGGACGUUGACCUGGAGGUGGUCGUGGACGUGGACGUGGUCGUGGACGUGGAUGUGGACCUGGACGUGGACGUGGACAUGGACCUGGACGUGGACGUGGACGUGGACCUGGACUUGGACGUGGACGUGGAUGUGGACGUGGUCGACGUGGACGUGGACAUAAAUGUGGACGUGGACGUGGUCGUGGACGUGGAGGACUUGGAGGUGGACGUGGACGUGGACGUGGACGUGGUGGUGGACGUGGACGUCGUUGUGGACGUGGACGUGGACGUGGACUUGGACGUGGACGUGGACGUGGACGUCGUCGUGGACGUGGACGUGGACGUGGACGUGGACUUGGACGUGGACGUGGACGUGGACUUGGACGUGGACGCGGACCUGGACGUGGACGUGGUCGUGGACGUGGUCGUGGUCGUGGACGUGGAGGACGUGGUCGUGGACGUGGUCGUGGUCGUGGACGUGGAUGACGUGGUCGUGGACGUGGACGUGGAUGUGGACGUGGACCUGAACGUGGACGUGGUCGUGGACGUGGACGCGGACCUGGACGUGGACGUGGUCGUGGACGUGGUCGUGGACGUGGACGUGGUUGUGGACGUGGACGUGGUUGUGGACGUGGACGUGGACGUGGACGUGGACGUGGAGGACGUGGACGUGGAGGACUUGGACGUGGACGUGGAUGUGGACGUGGACCUGGACGUGGACGUGGACGUGGUCGUGGACGUGGUCGUGGACGUGGAUGUGGACGUGGACGUGGACUUGGACGUGGACGUGGACGUGGACGUGGUCGUGGACGUGGAGGACUUGGACGUGGACAUGGACGUGGACGUGGACGUGGACGUGGACUUGGAGGUGGUCGUGGACGUGGACGUGGUCGUGGACGUGGACCUGGACGUGGACGUGGACGUGGACCUGGACGUGGACGUGGACGUGGACAUGGACUUGGAUGUCGUGGACUUGGACGUGGACGUGGACAUGUUCGUGGACGUGGACGUGGACGUGGACGUCGUCGUGGACGUGGACGUCGUCGUGGACGUGGUCGUGGACGUGGUCGUGGACGUGUACGUGGAGGACGUGGACGUGGAGGACGUGGACGUGGACGUGGAGGACGUGGACGUAGACGUGGACGUGGAUGUAGACGUCGACGUGGACGUGGUCGUGGACAUGGAGGACUUGGACGUGGACGUGGACGUGGAAGUGGAGGACGUGGAUGUGGAGGAGGUGGACGUGGACGUGGAGGACCUGGACGUGGACAUGGACGUAGACGUGCACGUGGACGUGGUCGUGGACAUGGAGGACUUGGACGUGGAAGUGGACGUGGACGUGGACGUGGUCGUGGACGUGGACGUGGACAUGGAGGACGUGGUCGUGGUCGUGGACGUGGACGUGGACGUGGACGUGGACGUGGUCGUGGACGUGGAGGACUUGGACGUGGACAUGGACGUGGACGUGGACGUGGACCUGGAGGUGGUCGUGGACGUGGACGUGGUCGUGGACAUGGAUGUGGACCUGGACGUGGACGUGGACAUGGACCUGGACGUGGACGUGGACGUGGACCUGGACUUGGACGUGGACGUGGAUGUGGACGUGGUCGACGUGGACGUGGACAUAAACGUGGACGUGGACGUGGUCGUGGACGUGGAGGACUUGGAGGUGGACGUGGACGUGGACGUGGACGUGGUGGUGGACGUGGACGUCGUCGUGGACGUGGACGUGGACGUGGACUUGGACGUGGACGUGGACGUGGACGUCGUCGUGGACGUGGACGUGGACGUGGACGUGGACUUGGACGUGGACGUGGACGUGGACUUGGACGUGGACGCGGACCUGGACGUGGACGUGGUCGUGGACGUGGUCGUGGUCGUGGACGUGGAGGACGUGGUCGUGGACGUGGUCGUGGUCGUGGACGUGGAGGACGUGGUCGUGGACGUGGACGUGGAUGUGGACGUGGACCUGGACGUGGACGUGGUCGUGGACGUGGACGCGGACCUGGACGUGGACGUGGUCGUGGACGUGGUCGUGGACGUGGACGUGGACGUGGUUGUGGACGUGGACGUGGUUGUGGACGUGGACGUGGACGUGGACGUGGACGUGGAGGACGUGGACGUGGAGGACGUGGACGUGGACGUGGAGGACGUAGACGUGGACGUGGACGUAGACAUCGACGUGGACGUGGUCGUGGACAUGGAGGACUUUGACGUGGACGUGGACGUGGACGUGGACGUGGAGGAUGUGGACGUGGACGUGGAGGACAUGGACGUGGACGUGGACGUGGACGUGGAUGUAGACGUAGACGUAGACGUGGACGUGGUCGUGGACAUGGAGGACUUGGACGUGGACGUGGACGUGGAUGUGGAUGUGUUCGUGGUCGUGGACGUGGACGUGGACGUGGACGUGGAAGACGUGGACGUGGACGUGGACGUGGACGUGGUCGUGGACGUGGACGUGGACGUGGUCGUGGACGUGGACAUGGACUUGGACGUGGACGUGGACGUGGAUGUGGACGUGGACGUGGAGGACGUGGACGUGGACAUGGACGUGGACGUGGACGUGGACGUGGAUCUGGAGGUGGACGUGGACGUGGACCUGGAGGUGGUCGUGGACGUGGACCUGGACGUGGACGUAGACGUGGACCUGGACAUGGACGUGGACGGGGACCUGGACGUGGAUGGGGAUGUGGACGUGGUCGACUUGGACGUGGACGUGGACGUGGUCGUGGACGUGGACGCGGACCUGGACGUGGACGUGGUCGUGGACGUGGUCGUGGUCGUGGACGUGGAGGACGUGGUCGUGGACGUGGACGUGGACGUGGACGUGGACUCGGUCGUGGUCGUGGACGUGGUCGUAGACGUGGACGUGGUCGUCCACGACGUGGACGUGGACGUGGACAUGGACGUGGACGUGGACGUGGACAUUGUCGUGGACGUGGACGUGGUCGUGGAGGACGUGGACGUGGACGUGGACGUGGACGUGGUCUUGGACGUGGACGUGGACGUGGACAUGGUCGUGGACGUGGACGUGGUCGUGGACGUGGACGUGGUCGUGGAGGACGUGGACGUGGACGUGGACGUGGUCUUGGACGUGGACGUGGACGUGGACAUGGUCGUGGACGUGGACGUGGACGUGGUCGUGGACGUGGACGUGGACGUGGACUUGGACGUGGACGUGGACUUGGACGUGGACGUGGACGUGGACGUGGACGUGGUCGGGGACGUGGAGGACUUGGACGUGGACAUGGACGUGGACGUGGAUGUGGACGUGGACCUGGAGGUGGUCGUGGACGUGGACGUGGUCGUGGACGUGGACCUGGACGUGGACGUGGACGUGGACCUGGACGUGGACGUGGACGUGGACAUGGACUUGGAUGUGGACGUGGAUGUGGACGUGGUCGACGUGGACGUGGAGGACGUGGACGUGGACGUGGAGGACGUGGACGUAGACGUGGACGUGGACGUAGACGUCGACGUGGACGUGGUCGUGGACAUGGAGGACUUGGACGUGGACGUGGACGUGGAGGACGUGGAUGUGGAGGAGGUGGACGUGGACGUGGAGGACGUGGACGUGGACGUGGACGUAGACGUGCACGUGGACGUGGUCGUGAACAUGGAGGACUUGGACGUGGACGUGGACGUGGACGUGGACGUGGUCGUGGACGUUGACGUGGAGGACGUGGACGUCGACGUGGACGUGGACGUGGACGUGGACGUGGUCGUGGACGUGGACGUGGAUGUGGUCGUGGACGUGGACGUGGACGUGGACGUGGACGUGGACUUGGACUUGGACGUGGACGUGGACGUGGACGUGGACGUGGACGUGGACGUGGACGUGGUCGACGUGGACGUGGACGUGGAGGACGUGGACGUAGACGUGGACGUAGACGUCGACGUGGACGUGGUCGUGGACAUGGAGGACUUGGACGUGGACGUGGACGUGGAGGACGUGGAUGUGGAGGAGGUGGACGUGGACGUGGAGGACGUGGACGUGGACGUGGACGUAGACGUGCACGUGGACGUGGUGGUGGACAUGGAGGACUUGGACGUGGACGUGGACGUGGACGUGGACGUGGUCGUGGACGUGGACGUGGAGGACGUGGACGUGGACGUGGACGUGGACGUGGUCGUGGACGUGGACGUGGAUGUGGACGUGGACUUGGACGUGGACGUGGACGUGGACGUGGACUUGGUCGUGGACGUGGAGGACUUGGACGUGGUCGUGGACGUGGAGGACUUGGACGUGGACAUGGACGUGGACGUGGACGUGGACCUGGAGGUGGUCGUGGACGUGGACGUGGUCGUGGACGUGGAUGUGGACCUGGACGUGGACGUGGACCUGGACGUGGACGUGGACGUGGUCGUGGACGUGGUCGUGGACGUGGUCGUGGACGUCGACGUGGACGUGGACGUGGUCGUGGACGUGGACGUGGACGUGGACGUGGACGUUGACGUGGUCAUGGUCGUGGACGUGGUCGUGGACGUGGACGUGGACGUGGUCGUGGACGUGGACGUGGACGUGGACGUGGUCGUGGACGUGGACGUGGUCGUGGACGUGGACGUGGACGUGGACGUGGACGUGGACGUGGUCGUGGACGUGGACGUGGACGUGGUCGUGGAUGUGGACGUGGUCGUGGAGGACGUGGACGUGGACGUAAACGUGGACGUGGACGUGGACGUGGAGGACUUGAAGGUGGACGUGGACGUGGACGUGGACUUGGACGUGGUCGUAGACGUGGACGUGGUCGUGGACGUGGACGUGGACGUGGACUUGGACGUGGACGUGGACGUGGACGUGGACGUGGACGUCGUCGUGGACGUGGACGUGGACGUGGGCGUGUACGUGGACGUGGACUUGGACGUGGACGUGGACGUGGACGUGGACUUGGACGUGGACGUGGACGUGGACCUGGACGUGGACGUGGUCGUGGACGUGGACGCGGACCUGGACGUUGACGUGGUCGUGGACGUGGUCGUGGUCGUGGACGUGGAGGACGUGGUCGUGGACGUGGACGUGGAUGUGGACGUGGACCUGGACGUGGACGUGGUCGUGGACGUGGACGUGGAGGUGGACGUGGACAUGGAUGUGGACGUGGUCGUGGACGUGGACGCGGACCUGGACGUGGACAUGGUCGUGGACGUGGUCAUGGUCGUGGACGUGGAGGACGUGGUCGUGGACGUGGACGUAGACGUGGACGUGGUCGUGGUCGUGGACGUGGUCGUAGACGUGGACGUGGUCGUCCACGACGUGGACGUGGACGUGGACGUGGACACGGACGUGGUCGUGGACGUGGAGGACUUGGACGUGGACGUGGAUGUGGACGUGGACCUGGACGUGGACGUGGACGUGGACGUGGUCGUGGACGUGGUCGUGGAGGACGUGGACGUGGACGUAGACGUGGACGUGGACGUGGACCUAGACGUGGACGUGGUCGUGGACAUGGAGGACUUGGACGUGGACGUGGACGUGGUCGUGGACGUGGACGUGGAGGACGUGGACGUGGACGUGGACGUCGACGUGGACGUGGACGUGGACGACGUGGUCGUGGACGUGGACGUGGACGUGGACGUGGACUCGGUCGUGGUCGUGGACGUGGUCGUAGACGUGGACGUGGUCGUCCACGACAUGGACGUGGACGUGGACAUGGACAUGGACGUGGACGUGGACGUUGUCGUGGACGUGGACGUGGUCGUGGAGGACGUGGACGUGGACGUGGACGUGGACGUGGUCUUGGACGUGGACGUGGACGUGGACAUGGUCGUGGACGUGGACGUGGUCGUGGACGUGGACGUGGUCGUGGAGGACGUGGACGUGGACGUGGACGUGGACGUGGUCUUGGACGUGGACGUGGACGUGGACAUGGUCGUGGACGUGGACGUGGACGUGGUCGUGGACGUGGACGUGGACGUGGACGUGGACUUGGACGUGGACGUGGACUUGGACGUGGACGUGGACGUGGACGUGGACGUGGUCGGGGACGUGGAGGACUUGGACGUGGACAUGGACGUGGACGUGGAUGUGGACGUGGACCUAGAGGUGGUCGUGGACGUGGACGUGGUCGUGGACGUGGACCUGGACGUAGACGUGGACGUGGACCUGGACGUGGACGUGGACGUGGACAUGGACUUGGAUGUGGACGUGGAUGUGGACGUGGUCGACGUGGACGUGGAGGACGUGGACGUGGACGUGGAGGACGUGGACGUAGACGUGGACGUGGACGUAGACGUCGACGUGGACGUGGUCGUGGACAUGGAGGACUUGGACGUGGACGUGGACGUGGAGGACGUGGAUGUGGAGGAGGUGGACGUGGACGUGGAGGACGUGGACGUGGACGUGGACGUAGACGUGCACGUGGACGUGGUCGUGGACAUGGAGGACUUGGACGUGGACGUGGACGUGGACGUGGUCGUGGACGUUGACGUGGAAGACGUGGACGUGGACGUGGACGUGGACGUGGUCGUGGACGUGGACGUGGAUGUGGUCGUGGACGUGGACGUGGACGUGGACGUGGACUUGGACUUGGACGUGGACGUGGACGUGGACGUGGACGUGGUCGUGGACGUGGAGGACUUGGACGUGGACAUGGACGUGGACGUGGACGUGGACCUAGAGGUGGUCGUGGACGUGGACGUGGUCGUGGACGUGGACGUGGACCUGGACGUGGACGUGGACGUGGACCUGGACGUGGACGUGGAUGUGGUCCUGGACUUGGACGUGGACGUGGAUGUGGACGUGGUCGACGUGGACGUGGACGUGGAGGACGUGGACGUAGACGUGGACGUAGACGUCGACGUGGACGUGGUCGUGGACAUGGAGGACUUGGACGUGGACGUGGACGUGGAGGACGUGGAUGUGGAGGAGGUGGACGCGGACGUGGAGGACGUGGACGUGGACGUGGACGUAGACGUGCACGUGGACGUGGUCGUGGACAUGGAGGACUUGGACGUGGACGUGGACGUGGACGUGGACGUGGUCGUGGACGUGGACGUGGAGGACGUGGACGUGGACGUGGACGUGGACGUGGUCGUGGACGUGGACGUGGAUGUGGACGUGGACUUGGACGUGGACGUGGACGUGGACUUGGUCGUGGACGUGGAGGACUUGGACGUGGUCGUGGACGUGGAGGACUUGGACGUGGACAUGGACGUGGACGUGGACGUGGACCUGGAGGUGGUCGUGGACGUGGACGUGGUCGUGGACGUGGACGUGGACCUGGACGUGGACGUGGACCUGGACGUGGACGUGGACGUGGUCGUGGACGUGGUCGUGGACGUCGACGUGGACGUGGACGUGGUCGUGGACGUGGACGUGGACGUGGACGUGGACGUUGACGUGGUCAUGGUCGUGGACGUGGUCGUGGACGUGGACGUGGACGUGGUCGUGGACGUGGACGUGGACGUGGUCGUGGACGUGGACGUGGUCGUGGACGUGGACGUGGACGUGGACGUGGACGUGGUCGUGGACGUGGACGUGGACGUGGUCGUGGAUGUGGACGUGGUCGUGGAGGACGUGGACGUGGACGUAAACGUGGACGUGGACGUGGACGUGGACGUGGAGGACUUGAAGGUGGACGUGGACGUGGACGUGGACUUGGACGUGGUCGUGGACGUGGACGUGGUCGUGGACGUGGACGUGGACGUGGACUUGGACGUGGACGUGGACGUGGACGUGGACGUGGACGUGGACGUCGUCGUGGACGUGGACGUGGACGUGGACGUGGGCGUGUACGUGGACGUGGACUUGGACGUGGACGUGGACGUGGACGUGGACGUGGACUUGGACGUGGACGUGGACGUGGACCUGGACGUGGACGUGGUCGUGGACGUGGACGCGGACCUGGACGUGGACGUGGUCGUGGACGUGGUCGUGGACGUGGUCUUGGUCGUGGACGUGGAGGACGUGGUCGUGGACGUGGACGUGGAUGUGGACGUGGACCUGGACGUGGACGUGGUCGUGGACGUGGACGUGGAGGUGGACGUGGACAUGGAUGUGGACGUGGUCGUGGACGUGGACGCGGACCUGGACGUGGACGUGGUCGUGGACGUGGACGUGGAGGACGUGGACGUGGAGGACGUGGACGUGGACGUGGAGGACGUGGACGUAGACGUGGACGUGGACGUAGACGUCGACGUGGACGUGGUCGUGGACAUGGAGGACUUGGACGUGGACGUGGACGUGGAGGACGUGGAUGUGGAGGAGGUGGACGUGGACGUGGAGGACGUGGACGUGGACGUGGACGUAGACGUGCACGUGGACGUGGUCGUGGACAUGGAGGACUUGGACGUGGACGUGGACGUGGACGUGGUCGUGGACGUUGACGUGGAAGACGUGGACGUGGACGUGGACGUGGGCGUGGUCGUGGACGUGGACGUGGAUGUGGUCGUGGACGUGGACGUGGACGUGGACGUGGACUUGGACUUGGACGUGGACGUGGACGUGGACGUGGACGUGGUCGUGGACGUGGAGGACUUGGACGUGGACAUGGACGUGGACGUGGACGUGGACCUAGAGGUGGUCGUGGACGUGGACGUGGUCGUGGACGUGGACGUGGACCUGGACGUGGACGUGGACGUGGACCUGGACGUGGACGUGGAUGUGGUCCUGGACUUGGACGUGGACGUGGAUGUGGACGUGGUCGACGUGGACGUGGACGUGGAGGACGUGGACGUAGACGUGGACGUAGACGUCGACGUGGACGUGGUCGUGGACAUGGAGGACUUGGACGUGGACGUGGACGUGGAGGACGUGGAUGUGGAGGAGGUGGACGCGGACGUGGAGGACGUGGACGUGGACGUGGACGUAGACGUGCACGAGGACGUGGUCGUGGACAUGGAGGACUUGGACGUGGACGUGGACGUGGACGUGGACGUGGUCGUGGACGUGGACGUGGAGGACGUGGACGUGGACGUGGACGUGGACGUGGUCGUGGACGUGGACGUGGAUGUGGACGUGGACUUGGACGUGGACGUGGACGUGGACUUGGUCGUGGACGUGGAGGACUUGGACGUGGUCGUGGACGUGGAGGACUUGGACGUGGACAUGGACGUGGACGUGGACGUGGACCUGGAGGUGGUCGUGGACGUGGACGUGGUCGUGGACGUGGACGUGGACCUGGACGUGGACGUGGACCUGGACGUGGACGUGGACGUGGUCGUGGACGUGGUCGUGGACGUCGACGUGGACGUGGACGUGGUCGUGGACGUGGACGUGGACGUGGACGUGGACGUUGACGUGGUCAUGGUCGUGGACGUGGUCGUGGACGUGGACGUGGACGUGGUCGUGGACGUGGACGUGGACGUGGUCGUGGACGUGGACGUGGUCGUGGACGUGGACGUGGACGUGGACGUGGACGUGGUCGUGGACGUGGACGUGGACGUGGUCGUGGAUGUGGACGUGGUCGUGGAGGACGUGGACGUGGACGUAAACGUGGACGUGGACGUGGACGUGGACGUGGAGGACUUGAAGGUGGACGUGGACGUGGACGUGGACUUGGACGUGGUCGUGGACGUGGACGUGGUCGUGGACGUGGACGUGGACGUGGACUUGGACGUGGACGUGGACGUGGACGUGGACGUGGACGUGGACGUCGUCGUGGACGUGGACGUGGACGUGGACGUGGGCGUGUACGUGGACGUGGACUUGGACGUGGACGUGGACGUGGACGUGGACGUGGACUUGGACGUGGACGUGGACGUGGACCUGGACGUGGACGUGGUCGUGGACGUGGACGCGGACCUGGACGUGGACGUGGUCGUGGACGUGGUCGUGGACGUGGUCUUGGUCGUGGACGUGGAGGACGUGGUCGUGGACGUGGACGUGGAUGUGGACGUGGACCUGGACGUGGACGUGGUCGUGGACGUGGACGUGGAGGUGGACGUGGACAUGGAUGUGGACGUGGUCGUGGACGUGGACGCGGACCUGGACGUGGACGUGGUCGUGGACGUGGUCAUGGUCGUGGACGUGGAGGACGUGGUCGUGGACGUGGACGUGGACGUGGUCGUGGUCGUGGACGUGGUCGUAGACGUGGACGUGGUCGUCCACGACGUGGACGUGGACGUGGACACGGACGUGGUCGUGGACGUGGAGGACUUGGACGUGGACGUGGAUGUGGACGUGGACCUGGACGUGGACGUGGACGUGGUCGUGGACGUGGUCGUGGAGGACGUGGACGUGGACGUAGACGUGGACGUGGACGUGGACCUAGACGUGGACGUGGUCGUGGACAUGGAGGACUUGGACGUGGACGUGGACGUGGACGUGGUCGUGGACGUGGACGUGGAGGACGUGGACGCAGACGUGGUCGUGGACGUGGACGUGGACAAGGUCGUGGACGUGGACGUGGACGUGGACGUGGACUUGGACGUGGACGUGGACGUGGGCGUGGACGUGGUCGUGGACGUGGAGGACUUGGACGUGGACAUGGACAUGGACGUGGACGUGGACCUGGAGGUGGUCGUGGACGUGGACGUGGUCGUGGACGUGGACGUGGACCUGGACGUGGACGUGGACGUGGACGUGGACCUGGACGUGGACGUGGACGUGGACCUGGACUUGGACGUGGACGUGGAUGUGGACGUGGUCGUCGUGGACGUGGACGUGGACGUGGACGUCGUCGUGGACGUGGACCUGGACGUGGACGUCGUCGUGGACGUGGUCGUGGACGUGGACGUGGACGUGGACGUGGUCGUGGACGUGGACGUGGUCGUGGACGUGCACGUGGACGUGGUCGUGGACGUGGACGUGGAGGACGUGGACGUGGAGGACGUGGACGUGGACGUGGAGGACGUGGACGUAGACGUGGACAUGGACGUAGACGUCGACGUGGACGUGGUCGUGGACAUGGAGGACUUGGACGUGGACGUGGACGUGGACGUGGAGGACGUGGAUGUGGAGGACGUGGACGUGGAGGACGUGGACGUAGACGUGGACGUAGACGUGCACGUGGACGUGGUCGUGGACAUGGAGGACUUGGACGUGGACGUGGACGUGGACUUGGACGUGGACGUGGACUUGGACGUGGACGUGGACGUGGACUUGGACGUGGACGUGGACGUGGACGUGGACGUGGUCGUAGACGUGGAGGACUUGGACGUGGACAUGGACGUGGACGUGGACUUGGAGGUGGUCGUGGACGUGGACGUGGUCGUGGACGUGGACGUGGACCUGGACGUGGACGUGGACGUGGAGGACGUGGACGUGGACGUGGACGUAGACGUGCACGUGGACGUGGUCGUGGACAUGGAGGACUUGGACGUGGACGUGGACGUGGACUUGGACGUGGACGUGGACUUGGACGUGGACGUGGACGUGGACUUGGACGUGGACGUGGACGUGGACGUGGACGUGGUCGUGGACGUGGAGGACUUGGACGUGGACAUGGACGUGGACGUGGACCUGGAGGUGGUCGUGGACGUGGACGUGGUCGUAGACGUGGACGUGGACCUGGACGUGGACGUGGACGUGGACCUGGACGUGGACGUGGACGUGGUCCUGGACUUGGACGUGGACGUGGAUGUGGACGUGGUCGACGUGGUCGUGGACGUGGACGUGGAUGUGGACGUGGACCUGGACGUGGACGGGGUCGUGGACGUGGACGUGGAGGUGGACGUGGACCUGGAUGUGGACGUGGUCGUGGACGUGGACGCGGACCUGGACGUAGACGUAGUCGUGGACGUGGUCAUGGUCGUGGACGUGGUCGUCCACGACGUGGACGUGGACGUGGACGUGGACAUGGACGUGGUCGUGGACGUGGAGGACUUGGACGUGGACGUGGAUGUGGACGUGGACCUGGACGUGGACGUGGACGUGGACGUGGUCGUGGACGUGGACGUGGUCGUGGAGGACGUGGACGUGGACGUGGACGUGGACGUAGACGUGGACGUGGACGUGGACGUAGACGUGGACGUAGUCGUGGACGUGGACGUGGAGGACGUGGACGCGGACGUGGUCGUGGACGUGGACGUGGACGUGGUCGUGGACGUGGACAUAGACGUGGACGUGGACGUGGACUUGGACGUGGACGUGGACGUGGGCGUGGACGUGGUCGUGGACGUGGAGGUCUUGGACGUGGACAUGGACGUGGACGUGGACGUGGACGUGGACCUGGAGGUGGUCGUGGACGUGGACGUGGUCGUGGACGUGGACGUGGACCUGGACGUGGACGUGGACGUGGACCUGGACGUGGACGUGGACGUGGACCUGGACUUGGACGUGGACGUGGAUGUGGACGUGGUCGUCGUGGACGUGGACGUGGACGUGUUCGUGGACGUGGACGUGGACAUGGACGUCGUCGUGGACGUGGUCGUGGACGUGGACGUGGUCGUGGACGUGGACGUAGUCGUGGACGUGCACGUGGACGUGGUCGUGGACGUGGACGUGGAGGACGUGGACGUGGAGGACGUAGAUGUGGACGUGGAGGACGUGGACGUAGACGUGGACGUGGACGUAAACGUCGACGUGGACGUGGUCGUGGACAUGGAGGACUUGGACGUGGACGUGGACGUGGACGUGGAGGACGUGGAUGUGGAGGAGGUGGACGUGGACGUGGAGGACGUGGACGUAGACGUGGACGUAGACGUGCACGUGGACGUGGUCGUGGACAUGGAGGACUUGGACGUGGACGUGGACGUGGACGUGGACUUGGACGUGGACGUGGACUUGGACGAGGACGUGGACGUGGACUUGGACGUGGACGUGGACGUGGACGUGGACGUGGUCGUGGACGUGGAGGACUUGGACGUGGACAUGGACGUGGACGUGGACGUGGACUUGGACGUGGAUGUGGAUGUGGUCGUGGACGUGGACGUGGUCGUGGACGUGGACGUGGACGUGGACCUGGUCGUGGACGUGGACGUGGACGUGGACGUUGACGUGGUCGUGGACGUCGACGUGGACGUGGACGUGGUCGUGGACGUCGACGUGGACGUGGUCGUGGACGUGGACGUGGACGUGGUCGUGGACGUCGACGUGGACGUGGACGUGGUCGUGGACGUGGACGUCAACGUGGACGUCGACGUGGACGUGGUCGUUGAUGUGGACGUGGACGUGGACUUGGACGUGGACGUGGACUUGGACGAGGACGUGGACGUGGACUUGGACGUGGACGUGGACGUGGACGUGGACGUGGUCGUGGACGUGGAGGACUUGGACGUGGACAUGGACGUGGACGUGGACGUGGACUUGGACGUGGAUGUGGACGUGGUCGUGGACGUGGACGUGGUCGUGGACGUGGACGUGGACGUGGACCUGGUCGUGGACGUGGACGUGGACGUGGACGUUGACGUGGUCGUGGACGUCGACGUGGACGUGGACGUGGUCGUGGACGUCGACGUGGACGUGGUCGUGGACGUGGACGUGGACGUGGUCGUGGACGUCGACGUGGACGUGGACGUGGUCGUGGACGUGGACGUCAACGUGGACGUCGACGUGGACGUGGUCGUUGACGUGGACGUGGACGUUGACGUGGUCGUGGACGUGGUCGUGGUCAUGGUCGUGGACGUGGUCGUGGACGUGGUCGUGGACGUCGACGUGGACGUGGACGUGGUCGUGGACGUGGACGUGGACGUGGACGUGGACGUUGACGUGGUCGUGGACGUGGUCGUGGUCAUGGUCGUGGACGUGGUCGUGGACGUGGACGUGGACGUGGUCGUGGACGUGGACGUGGACGUCGUCGUGGAUGUGGACGUGGUCGUGGACAUGGACGUGGACGUGGACGUGGUCGUGGACGUGGACGUGGUCGUGGACGUGGACGUGGACGUGGUCGUGGACGUGGACGUGGUCGUGGAGGACGUGGAUGUGGACGUAAACGUGGACGUGGACGUGGUCGUUGACGUGGAGGACUUGAAGGUGGACGUGGACGUGGACGUGGACGUGGUCGUGGACGUGGACGUGGUCGUGGACGUGGACGCGGACGUGGACUUGGACGUGGACGUGGACGUGGACGUGGACGUGGACGUCGUCGUGGACGUGGACGUGGGCGUGUACGUGGACGUUGACUUGGACGUGGACGUGGACGUGGACUUGGACGUGGACGUGGACGUGGACCUGGACGUGGACGUGGUCGUGGACGUGGACGCGGACCUGGACGUGGACGUGGUCGUGGACGUGGACGUGGUCGUGGACGUGGAGGACGUGGUCGUGGACGUGGACGUGGAUGUGGACGUGGACCUGGACGUGGACGUGGUCGUGGACGUGGACGUGGAGGUGGACGUGGACCUGGAUGUGGACGUGGUCGUGGACGUGGACGCGGACCUGGACGUGGACGUGGUCGUGGACGUGGUCAUGGUCGUGGACGUGGAGGACGUGGUCGUGGACGUGGACGUGGACGUGGUCGUGGUCGUGGACGUGGUCGUAGACGUGGACGUGGUCGUCCACGACGUGGACGUGGACGUGGACGUGGACAUGGACGUGGUCGUGGACGUGGAGGACUUGGAUGUGGACGUGGAUGUGGACGUGGACCUGGACGUGGACGUGGACGUGGACGUGGUCGUGGACGUGGACGAGGUCGUGGAGGACGUGGACGUGGACGUGGACGUGGACGUAGACGUGGACGUGGACGUGGACAUGGAGGACUUGGACGUGGACGUGGACGUGGACGUGGUCGUGGACGUGGACGUGGACGUGGAGGACGUGGACGCGGACGUGGUCGUGGACGUGGACGUGGACGUGGUCGUGGACGUGGACGUGGACCUGGUCGUGGACGUGGACGUGGACGUGGACGUUGACGUGGUCGUGGACGUCGACGUGGACGUGGACGUGGUCGUGGACGUCGACGUCGACGUGGUCGUGGACGUGGACGUGGACGUGGUCGUGGACGUCAACGUGGACGUGGACGUGGUCGUGGACGUGGACGUCAACGUGGACGUCGACGUGGACGUGGUCGUGGACGUGGACGUGGACGUUGACGUGGUCGUGGAUGUGGUCGUGGUCAUGGUCGUGGACGUGGUCGUGGACGUGGUCGUGGACGUCGACGUGAACGUGGACGUGGUCGUGGACGUGGACGUGGACGUGGACGUGGACGUUGACGUGGUUGUGGACGUGGUCGUGGUCAUGGUCGUGGACGUGGUCGUGGACGUGGACGUGGACGUGGUCGUGGACGUGGACGUGGACGUCGUCGUGGAGGUGGACGUGGUCGUGGACAUGGACGUGGACGUGGACGUGGUCGUGGACGUGGACGUGGUCGUGGACGUGGACGUGGACGUGGUCGUGGACGUGGACGUGGUCGUGGAGGACGUGGACGUGGACGUAAACGUGGACGUGGACAUGGUCGUUGACGUGGAGGACUUGAAGGUGGACGUGGACGUGGACGUGGACGUGGUCGGGGACGUGGACGUGGUCGUGGACGUGGACGUGGACGUGGACUUGGACGUGGACGUGGACGUGGACGUGGACGUGGACGUCGUCGUGGACGUGGACGUGGACGUGGGCGUGUACGUGGACGUGGACUUGGACGUGGACGUGGACGUGGACUUGGACGUGGACGUGGACGUGGACCUGGACGUGGACGUGGUCGUGGACGUGGACGCGGACCUGGACGUGGACGUGGUCGUGGACGUGGUCGUGGUCGUGGACGUGGAGGACGUGGUCGUGGACGUGGACGUGGAUGUGGACGUGGACCUGGACGUGGACGUGGUCGUGGACGUGGACGUGGAGGUGGACGUGGACCUGGAUGUGGACGUGGUCGUGGACGUGGACGCGGACCUGGACGUGGACGUGGUCGUGGACGUGGUCAUGGUCGUGGACGUGGAGGACGUGGUCGUGGACGUGGACGUGGACGUGGUCGUGGUCGUGGACGUGGUCGUAGACGUGGACGUGGUCGUCCACGACGUGGACGUGGACGUGGACGUGGACAUGGACGUGGUCGUGGACGUGGAGGACUUGGACGUGGACGUGGAUGUGGACGUGGACCUGGACGUGGACGUGGACGUGGACGUGGUCGUGGACGUGGACGAGGUCGUGGAGGACGUGGACGUGGACUUGGACGUGGACGUAGACGUGGACGUGGACGUGGUCGUAGACGUGGACGUGGUCGUGGACAUGGAGGACUUGGACGUGGACAUGGACGUGGACGUGGUCGUGGACGUGGACGUCGACGUGGAGGACGUGGACGUGGACGUGGUCGUGGACGUGGACGUGGACGUGGUCGUGGACGUGGACAUAGACGUGGACGUGGACUUGGACGUGGACGUGGACGUGGGCGUGGACGUGGUCGUGGACGUGGAGGACUUGGACGUGGACAUGGAUGUGGAUGUGGACGUGGACGUGGACCUGGAGGUGGUCGUGGACGUGGACGUGGUCGUGGACGUGGACGUGGACCUGGACGUGGACGUGGACCUGGACGUGGACGUGGACCUGGACCUGGACUUGGACGACUUGGACGUGGACAUGGACGUGGACGUGGACGUGGACCUGGAGGUGGUCGUGGACGUGGACGUGGUCGUGGACGUGGACGUGGACCUGGACGUGGACGUGGACGUGGACCUGGACGUGGACGUGGACGUGGACCUGGACUUGGACGUGGACGUGGAUGUGGACGUGGUCGACCUGGACGUGGACGUGGACGUGGACGUGGACGUGGUCGUAGACGUGGACGUGGACGUGGAGGACGUGGACGUGGACGUGGACGUGGUCGUGGACGUGGACGUGGAUGUGGUCGUGGACGUGGACGUGGUCGUGGACGUGGACGUGGACGUGGUCGUGGACGUGGACGUGGACGUGGACGUCGUCGUGGACGUGGACGUGGUCGUGGACAUGGACGUGGACGUGGACGUGGUCGUGGACGUGGACGUGGUCGUGGACGUGGACGUGGUCGUGGACGUGGACGUGGUCGUGGAGGACGUGGACGUGGACGUAAACGUGGACGUGGACGUGGUCGUGGACGUGGAGGACUUGAAGGUGGACGUGGACGUGGACGUGGACGUGGUCGUGGACGUGGACGUGGUCGUGGACGUGGACGUGGACUUGGACGUGGACGUGGACGUGGACGUGGACGUGGACGUCGUCGUGGACGUGGACGUGGACGUGGGCGUGUACGUGGACGUGGAGUUGGACGUGGACGUGGACGUGGACGUGGACUUGGACGUGGACGUGGACGUGGACCUGGACGUGGACGUGAUCGUGGACGUGGACGCGGACCUGGACGUGGACGUGGUCGUGGACGUGGUCGUGGUCGUGGACGUGGAGGACGUGGUCGUGGACGUGGACGUGGAAGUGGACGUGGACCUGGACGUGGACGUGGUCGUGGACGUGGACGUGGAGGUGGGCGUGGACCUGGAUGUGGACGUGGUCGUGGACGUGGACGCGGACCUGGACGUGGACGUGGUCGUGGACGUGGUCAUGGUCGUGGACGUGGAGGACGUGGUCGUGGACGUGGACGUGGACGUGGUCGUGGUCGUGGACGUGGUCGUAGACGUGGACGUGGUCGUCCACGACGUGGACGUGGACGUGGACGUGGACAUGGACGUGGUCGUGGACGUGGAGGACUUGGACGUGGACAUGGAUGUGGACGUGGACCUGGACGUGGACGUGGACGUGGACGUGGUCGUGGACGUGGACGAGGUCGUGGAGGACGUGGACGUGGACGUGGACGUGGACGUAGACGUGGACGUGGACGUGGACGUAGACGUGGACGUGGUCGUGGACAUGGAGGACUUGGACGUGGACGUGGACGUGGACGUGGUCGUGGACGUGGACGUGGACGUGGAGGACGUGGACGCGGACGUGGUCGUGGACGUGGACGUGGUCGUGGACGUGGACGUGGACGUGGACGUGGACUUGGACGUGGACGUGGACGUGGGCGUGGACGUGGUCGUGGACGUGGAGGACUUGGACGUGGACAUGGAUGUGGAUGUGGACGUGGACGUGGACCUGGAGGUGGUCGUGGACGUGGACGUGGUCGUGGACGUGGACGUGGACCUGGACGUGGACGUGGACCUGGACGUGGACAUGGACGUGGACGUCGUCGUGGACGUGGACGUGGUCGUGGACGUGGACGUGGACGUGGUCAUGGACGUGGACGUGGUCGUGGACGUGGACGUCGACAUGGAAGACGUGGACGUGGACGUGGACGUGGACGUGGUCGUGGACGUGGACGUGGACGUGGUCGUGGACGUGGACGUGGACGUGGACGUGGACUUUGACGUGGACGUGGACGUGGACGUGGACGUGGUCGUGGACGUGGAGGACUUGGACGUGGACAUGGACGUGGACGUGGACGUGGACCUGGAGGUGGUCGUGGACGUGGACGUGGUCGUGGACGUGGACGUGGACCUGGACGUGGACGUGGACGUGGACCUGGACGUGGACGUGGACGUGGACCUGGACUUGGACGUGGACGUGGAUGUGGACGUGGUCGACCUGGACGUGGACGUGGACGUGGACGUGGACGUGGUCGUGGACGUGGACGUGGACGUGGAGGACGUGGACGUGGACGUGGACGUGGUCGUGGACGUGGACGUGGAUGUGGUCGUGGACGUGGACGUGGUCGUGGACGUGGACGUGGACGUGGUCGUGGACGUGGACGUGGACGUGGACGUCGUCUUGGACGUGGACGUGGUCGUGGACAUGGACGUGGACGUGGACGUGGUCGUGGACGUGGACGUGGUCGUGGACGUGGACGUGGACGUGGUCGUGGACGUGGACGUGGUCGUGGAGGACGUGGACGUGGACGUAAACGUGGACGUGGACGUGGUCGUGGACGUGGAGGACUUGAAGGUGGACGUGGACGUGGACGUGGACGUGGUCGUGGACGUGGACGUGGUCGUGGACGUGGACGUGGACUUGGACGUGGACGUGGACGUGGACGUGGACGUCGUCGUGGACGUGGACGUGGACGUGGGCGUGUACGUGGACGUGGACUUGGACGUGGACGUGGACGUGGACGUGGACUUGGACGUUGACGUGGACGUGGACCUGGACGUGGACGUGGUCGUGGACGUGGACGCGGACCUGGACGUGGACGUGGUCGUGGACGUGGUCGUGGUCGUGGACGUGGAGGACGUGGUCGUGGACGUGGACGUGGAUGUGGACGUGGACCUGGACGUGGACGUGGUCGUGGACGUGGACGUGGAGGUGGACGUGGACCUGGAUGUGGACGUGGUCGUGGACGUGGACGCGGACCUGGACGUGGACGUGGUCGUGGACGUGGUCAUGGUUGUGGACGUGGAGGACGUGGUCGUGGACGUGGACGUGGACGUGGACGUGGUCGUGGUCGUGGACGUGGUCGUAGACGUGGACGUGGUCGUCCACGACGUGGACGUGGACGUGGACGUGGACAUGGACGUGGUCGUGGACGUGGAGGACUUGGACGUGGACAUGGAUGUGGACGUGGACCUGGACGUGGACGUGGACGUGGACGUGGUCGUGGACGUGGACGAGGUCGUGGAGGACGUGGACGUGGACGUGGACGUAGACGUGGACGUGGACGUGGACGUAGACGUGGACGUGGUCGUGGACAUGGAGGACUUGGACGUGGACGUGGACGUGGACGUGGUCGUGGACGUGGACGUGGAGGACGUGGACGCGGACGUGGUCGUGGACGUGGACGUGGUCGUGGACGUGGACGUGGACGUGGACGUGGACUUGGACGUGGACGUGGACGUGGGCGUGGACUUGGUCGUGGACGUGGAGGACUUGGACGUGGACAUGGAUAUGGAUGUGGACGUGGACGUGGACCUGGAGGUGGUCGUGGACGUGGACGUGGUCGUGGACGUGGACGUGGACCUGGACGUGGACGUGGACCUGGACGUGGACGUGGACGUGGACCUGGACUUGGACGUGGACGUGGAUGUGGACGUGGUCGUGGACGUGGACGUGGUCAUGGACGUGGACGUGGUCGUGGACGUGGACGUGGACAUGGAGGACGUGGACGUGAACGUGGGCGUGGUCGUGGAAUUGGACGUGGACGUGGUCGUGGACGUGGACGUGGACGUGGACGUGGACUUUGACGUGGACGUGGACGUGGACGUGGACGUGGACGUGGUCGUGGACGUGGAGGACUUGGACGUGGACAUGGACGUGGACGUGGACGUGGACCUGGAGGUGGUCGUGGACGUGGACGUGGUCGUGGACGUGGACGUGGACCUGGACGUGGACGUGGACGUGGACCUGGACGUGGACGUGGACGUGGACCUGGACUUGGACGUAGACGUGGAUGUGGACGUGGUCGACUUGGAGGUGGACGUGGACGUGGACGUGGACGUGGUCGUGGACGUGGACGUGGUCGUGGACGUGGACGUGGACGUGGACUUGGACGUGGACGUGGACGUGGACGUGGACGUGGACAUGGACUUGGACGUGGACGUGGACGUGGACGUGGACUUGGACGUGGACGUGGACGUGGACGCGGACCUGGACGUGGACGUGGUCGUGGACGUGGUCGUGGUCGUGGACGUGGAGGACGUGGUCGAGGACGUGGACGUGGAUGUGGACGCGGACCUGGACGUGGACGUGGUCGUGGACGUGGACGUGGAGGUGGACGUGGAGGACGUGGUCGAGGACGUGGACGUGGACGUGGACGCGGACCUGGACGUGGACGUGGUCGUGGACGUGGUCGUGGACGUGGACGUGGACGUGGUUGUGGACAUAGACGUGGACGUGGACGUGGACGUGGAGGAUGUCGACGUGGAGGACGUGGACGUGGACGUGGAGGACGUGGACGUGGACAUGGAGGACUUGGACGUGGACGUGGACGUGGACGUAGACAUCGACGUGGACGUGGUCGUGGACAUGGAGGACUUGGACGUGGACGUGGACGUGGACGUGGACGCGGAGGAUGUGGACGUGGAGGACGUGGAGGACGUGGACGUGGACGUGGAGGACAUGGACGUGGACGUGGACGUGGACGUAGACGUAGACGUGGACGUGGUCGUGGACAUGGAGGACUUGGACGUGGACGUGGAUGUGGACGUGGUCGACGUGGUCGUGGACGUGGACGUGGACGUGGACGUGGACGUGGACGUGAUCGUGGUCGUGGACGUGGUCGUAGACGUGGACGUGGUCGUCCACGACGUGGACGUGGACGUGGACGUGGACAUGGACGUGGUCGUGGACGUGGAGGACUUGGACGUGGACGUGGAUGUGGACGUGGACCUGGACGUGGACGUGGACGUGGACGUGGUCGUGGACGUGGACGUGGUCGUGGAGGACGUGGACGUGGACGUGGACGUGGACGUGGUCUUGGACGUGGACGUGGACGUGGUCGUGGACGUGGACGUGGACGUGGUCGUGGACGUAGACGUGGACGUGGACGUGGACUUGGACGUGGACGUGGACGUGGACGUGGACGUGGUCGUGGACGUGGAGGACUUGGACGUGGACAUGGACCUGGACGUGGAGGUGGACGUGGACCUGGAGGUGGUCGUGGACGUGGACGUGGUCGUGGACGUGGACCUGGACGUGGACGUGGACGUGGACCUGGACGUGGACGUGGACGUGGACAUGGACUUGGAUGUGGACGUGGAUGUGGACGUGGUCGUCGUGGACGUGGACGUGGACGUGUUCGUGGACGUGGACGUGUACGUGGACGUGGACGUCGUCGUGGACGUGGUCGUGGACGUGGACAUGGACGUGGUCGUGGACGUGGACGUGGUCGUGGACGUGCACGUGGACGUGGUAGUGGACGUGGACGUGGAGGACGUGGACGUGGAGGACGUGGACGUGGAUGUGGAGGACGUGGACGUAGACGUGGACGUGGACGUAGACGUCGACGUGGACGUGGUCGUGGACAUGGAGGACUUGGACGUGGACGUGGACGUGGACGUGGAGGACGUGGAUGUGGAGGAGGUGGACGUGGACGUGGAGGACGUGGACGUGGACGUGGACGUAGACGUGCACGUGGACGUGGUCGUGGACAUGGAGGACCUGGACGUGGACGUGGACGUGGACGUGGACGUGGUCGUGGACGUGGACGUGGAGGACGUGGACGUGGACGUGGACGUGGUCGUGGACAUGGACGUGGAUGUGGUCGUGGACGUGGACGUGGACGUGGUCGUGGACGUGGACGUGGACGUGGUCGUGGACGUGGACGUGGACGUGGACGUCGUCGUGGAUGUGGACGUGAUCGUGGACAUGGACGUGGACGUGGACGUGGUCGUGGACGUGGACGUGGUCGUGGACGUGGACGUGGACGUGGUCGUGGACGUGGACUUGGUCGUGGAGCACGUGGACGUGGACGUAAACGUGGACGUGGACGUGGUCGUGGACGUGGAGGACUUGAAGGUGGACGUGGACGUGGACGUGGACGUGGUCGUGGACGUGGACGUGGUCGUGGACGUGGACGUGGACGUGGACUUGGACGUGGACGUGGACGUGGACGUGGACGUGGACGUGGACGUGGACGUCGUCGUGGAUGUGGACGUGGACGUGGGCGUGUACGUGGACGUGGACUUGGACGUGGACGUGGACGUGGACGUGGACUUGGACGUGGACGUGGACCUGGACGUGGACGUGGUCGUGGACGUGGACGCGGACCUGGACGUGGACGUGGUCAUGGACGUGGUCGUGGUCGUGGACGUGGAGGACGUGGUCGUGGACGUGGACGUGGAUGUGGGCGUGGACCUGGACGUGGACGUGGUCGUGGACGUGGACGUGGAGGUGGACGAGGACCUGGAUGUGGACGUGGUCGUGGACGUGGACGCGGACCUGGACGUGGACGUGGUCGUGGACGUGGUCAUGGUCGUGGACAUGGAGGACGUGGUCGUGGACGUGGACGUGGACGUGGUCGUGGUCGUGGACGUGGUCGUAGACGUGGACGUGGUCGUCCACGACGUGGACGUGGACGUGGACGUGGACAUGGUCGUGGUCGUGGACGUGGAGGACUUGGACGUGGACGUGGAUGUGGACGUGGACCUGGACGUGGACGUGGACGUGGACGUGGUCGUGGACGUGGACGAGGUCGUGGAGAACGUGGACGUGGACGUGGACGUAGACGUGGACGUGGACGUGGACGUAGACGUGGACGUGGUCGUGGACAUGGAGGACUUGGACGUGGACGUGGACGUGGACGUGGUCGUGGACGUGGACGUGGACGUGGAGGACGUGGACGCGGACGUGGUCGUGGACGUGGACGUGGACGUGGUCGUGGACGUGGACGUGGACGUGGACGUGGACUUGGACGUGGACGUGGACGUGGGCGUGGACGUGGUCGUGGACGUGGAGGACUUGGACGUGGACAUGGACGUGGAUGUGGACGUGGACGUGGACCUGGAGGUGGUCGUGGACGUGGACGUGGUCGUGGACGUGGACGUGGACCUGGACGUGGACGUGGACCUGGACGUGGACGUGGACGUGGACCUGGACUUGGACGUGGAUGUGGAUGUGGACGUGGUCGUGGAGUGGACGUGGUCGUAG